AUGCGCGCUGCUCGGCGCGCAGCCUUCGGCGCCUGCGCAGUGGUGACGGGCGGGGAAUUUGUAGCAGUGGCGCCGGCAGCGGGAAGCGAUGCGGGAGGUGUUGCGCGGCCGCUCGGGCAACCGGCCGGCCCCGGGCGCGCCGGCGUCCUGCGGGAGCCCGUGUCCCUGGGGCAGUGCGAGCACGUCUUCUGCCUAUCUUGUGUGGGUGACAGUGUUGGCACAGAAUGCCCGGUGUGCCACAUGCCAACCUGGGUGCAAGAUGUGCAGAUAAACCGGCAACUAGAUAACAUGAUUCAGCUUUGCAGCAAACUGCGGCAUCUGCUGGGUGUGGACACCUCAGAUUCAACGGAAGGUAUGUCCGCACCAGCUGACUCAGAUGUUGGGAAAAAGAAUACAAAGGAACAGAUAAAAAUGUGGUUCAGCCCAAGAAGCAGGAAGAUUCGAUGCAUCCUGAACAAGAGUCAGGCCAAGACUAAAAGUGACAGCCUUUGUCAAGACACAUCUUCAGUUUAUGACUUCUUUCCUUCCCCUCUUCAGGAAAAGCCCUCCAAGUCGACAAAAAAGCCAACACAGAGACAGAAUAAGAAGAUGAAGAAGAAACGUCUAGCAUACAUUAACAAAGUGUGGAGCUUAGAGAAGCCUGAACAGAAAGGAGGAGUUGAGGAGAAGCCUCCCAAGGAAACAUGUGUGACCAUCUGCAGUCAACCAGUAGUCCUGUGCACUCCAGAACCAAAUAGCCCGGAAGAUACACUUCAGCAUGAGUCUAUAAAUGAAGCUGACUCCAUAAAAAAUAUGGAAAAUAUAGAUAUCUCACCAGAGGGAAAAUCCUUAGAGAAGAAAGAGAACAGUGAGGUUACGUGUCCUGCACAAGUCAGCAAGGAAAAGAGUUGCGCUACAGAGACAUCCCUGUCAAUAGAAAAUGAAACCACACCUUUAAAACGUGGAAGGGAGCAGUCCAGACUUCCAGGCACCUCUCAGUCUAAAAGACCAAGAAGAAGUGAGAGAAGUGUUACUCGGAAGUCUGUGAGGCAGGCAGAUUGCUUAGAGGACUUACCUCAGGGUUGCUCCAUCUCCCCAGCAGCUGAACACAAGACACCAGUUCAGAUUUCUUCCUCUGUAUCAAAACUCACUGACACUGUAAUGAAGACAAGAAGCUCUGCAGUCUUUCAAGCAAUAAAUAGUCCUUCACUUUCAAAACCCCCCUCUACUCCAUCUACUUUUAAGACUUGUAAUCAAGUAGGAAUGCCACACAGUCCUUCUGUGUUGAAGUCCCCUGGUGGUAACACAAUUGCCAGAAGAAAUUAUAAAGGGGAGACUUUGCUCCAUGUUGCUUCCAUCAAGGGUGACUUAGCAACUGUCGAACAGCUGCUGAAAAAUGGGGCAGAUCCUAAUGUCAAAGAUAAUGCUGGCUGGACGCCGCUGCACGAGGCAUGUAAUCAUGGACACAAAGAAGUAGUGGAGCUCUUGCUGCAAUACAAGGCGUUGGUGAAUACUGCGGGGUAUCAGAACGACUCACCGCUUCAUGACGCUGCCAAGAAUGGGCAUGUGAGCAUUGUUGAGCUGCUGCUUUUGCAUGGUGCCUCCCAUGACGCAGUUAAUAUAUUUGGUCUGCGGCCUGUGGACUAUGCAGAAAGUGAAAAGAUGAAGUCUCUGCUAAAGUUGCCAGUGAAGAAUGAUUCAUUUUCAUUUAACCAACCCUCUGAGAUCCCCAGCAAGCCAAGAGAUGGACCUCUUGGUAUACUGGGAAGCAGUCUCAGUUUGGAGCAACAGAAAUUGCUGAACAAACUAGCAACAGUUCUGAAGGCUCGAAGGUGUACGGAAUUUAGUAGCAAAGUCACUCACCUUGUUAUCCCUGAUGUUCCAAUGCCAAGUACUGUCAAAUGCAUGAUGGCUGUUCUGACCGGAUGUUGGGUCCUCAAGUUUGACU